AUGAAGAGCAAUCUCCCACACGUCGACGACAUCAACUCACGUUAUAGCGAGGGGCAAUCCUCCAACGCAGCCGACACUCCAGAUACUCAUCACCACGACUCUCCCUCCGACGAUCCCAAAAACUAUUCUCGUGGCACUGGCAAGCGCAAUCGAGUUCACUUUGCAUGUACUGAAUGCUAUCGUCGCAAGCAAAAAUGCAACCGCGAAACACCCUGCCAGCACUGCAUUGCACGCAAGAUCCCAGAGAGAUGCAAGACCUUCCAACCAGGAGAGGAGACCAACGACGUCGCAUCCAGGCUCUCCCGUGUCGAGAGGAUUCUCGAGGACUAUCUCCCCAAACUUGCACAGCAGGUGCAGCAUCUUGCUUCUGCCUCCCUAUCGCCAUCCCAGCAGGCACAGGUAAACGCUACAUCCAGUCGCCGCAUAUCAUCUUCUCGCACCGAUAACCAUUCGCGCACUGCCUCGUCGUCCAAAGCAGUAUGGUCUGAUGUGGCUCUAGCCAAAUCGCCCGAGCAGCUUCCCAAUGCAUCCAACGACCCAGACGAUGAUGACGACAUUGACGAGCUCGAGACCGACGGCCGGUACAGUCCAAAGACUGGCUUUUACAAUGGCGGUUCCAUGGAUAUGCGCAUCAGCUCCAUCCUCGACGAUCUUCCCGGCAGCUCGACCAAGUCAACGCCACUCAAUCUGCCCAUCAGAACCCUCGAAGGUCCUUCGGAUUUGGAUGUGGUCAUGCCCGAGUACGGCUGCCCCACCGCACCUACACCCGAUUUGCUCGGCGCGUUCAGCACCCGUGCACACUGCAGCGUUCUCAUCGACCAUUUCUUCAAUGACAUCAACUGGAUGCGUCAGCCGCUUCCACAGCAGAGCCUCCGCAAGUCCUUUGAGGCCUUUUGGAACUCGGGUCCCAAGAUUAAUGCACAGAACAUCAACAUCUUUGCGCUUCUCUGCAAUGUAUGCGCCAUUGCAAUGCUUUCCGUACAGCAUGAACUCUUUCCGGAAGGCCCGCGAGACCGACUCAAAGCUGCAAGGCGCUACCACUAUGCAGGCCGAAGAGCUUUGCUCAUGAGCUCCAUCAUGGGGCACGAGGAUGUCGACCAGAUUGUCGCCUGGCUUGCUUCUUGCCGUUUUCUACUGCUCGACCGUCGCAUCGGAGAAGCAUACACAUUAGGGUCAUCAGCCGUCCGCGCUGCGUUCAGUAUCGGCCUUCACCGCGACGGCACCAAGCUCGGUCUUCCACCUGCCGAGUCCGAGGCCCGCAGACGUGUCUGGGCAGCUGUCUACUUCCUCGACAGGGCCCUCGCCCUCAACACGGGUCGCCCCGCUGUCAUUGAUGACCGUGUCUGCGACACCCAAGUGCCCAGUGGCGUAGCGGACGAGGAUAUCUUCCCUGCACCCAAGAAUCCACCAAAGAUGCCCGAAGGCGUCGAACCUCCCACCGCCUAUUGCUACACCGUAUAUCGUCAACGCAUCGCUGAGCUCGAGGGUCGCAUCCUCGCUACAUUCCAGAAUUUGCAGCACCCUGUUCAUGUCAGCGACGUCCUUGCUCUCGACAAGAGCUUGCGUAAGCUCCAAGACAAUCUGCCAUUCUACUUUCGUGCAAAACUCACCAAGGAUGGCGUCGAAUGCGAUAAGUCGCUCGACUCGACCUACGGUUUCCUCAACGUCCAUCGCUUCCUGUUGCAUACCGAGAUCAAUUCGGUCCGGAUUGCGCUGCACCGACCAUACCUGCUCAGAUCCGGUGGACCCAACGGGGACCGAUUCCUGCCGUGUCGCGAAGCAAGCAUCAACGCUGCUCUGCACGAUCUUGAGAUGCGCAGCGACUUUGUGCAGAGCCUCAGAAAGAUCAGAUCGGACGAUCAGCCCCUGCUCCUUUAUCGAGUUCAGAUCGGCACGUACAAGUAUUUCCAUUCGAUGCUCGUGGUGGGCGUGGUACUUCUGAUGGAUCCCAAUGCGCCUGACGCUCCCAGGCUCAAGGCACACCUCGAACACUAUGUCAAAAACUAUCACAGCAAACCUGCGAGCCUUCGCGACGAGAUGCGAGAUCGCGAAGCUAAUGUCAUUGGCAUCUUUCUCUCGAGGAUCGAACAGGUCGAAAAGACGGCUGCUUCUUCCAAAGGCGUUAACAAGGGUGUCGCUUCUACACCCCGCGCUCCUAAACGUGCCAGGUCGACCGACAUGGGCCGUCGAAGCGAGACAGGCGAUCGGGAGUCCAAGCCAAGCAAGAAGAGUCGUGACGCUGGCGCAGAGCGGGGGGAUGAGAAAUCCGACGCUCACUUGCUGCUUGGGCUCGGAGAACAGAGAUCUGCCGAUGGCAAGGACAACAGCUCGGAAGAAGUGAGGCCACGCCCCGUGCAGCAAUCCUCGCUACCUUUGGAGACAUCCAUGCAAUCACCACGUCCAGAUGCAGUAUCGGCGUCGGCUGCGCGCAGCUCUAGCACGAGUUCAGUCCCACCCUCGCGACAAGGAUCGGGAGACUGGUCGUUCAAUGCUCGCAGCGGUAUGACCAGUGCUGUGGGCGCGAGCUCUUCGUCAAGCAAUGCCGAUAGCCCGUCUACAUCGCUGAACGCUGUGCUAACUGGGGCGAACUCAUCGACGCCGUCCAAGGCUCCUGCUCCCAACGGUGGGGGCGAAGAUGCGCAGCAUUUCUUCGAUGCUUGGUACCAGGCCGAAUGGGCAUCCGCCACCAUGCCGUCUUACGACGCGGCAUACAACGGCACAAAUGGUCUCGGGGGCGGAGCAGCCGGUGUCAGUCUGGGCCUUGACUCACUUGGGAAUCUGAGCGGCGGCAUGCUGAAUCCCACGGGCAUCAGUACAGGCUCUGGAAGCACGUCCAUGGGUCAAGGUCUGGGUGGAGGCUUCAACGGGCUCGGUGGGCCUUCCAUCGGUGGAUUUGCUCCGAAUGCGAUUGGUGCGAGCGGUGCACUGUCGAGGGCUUUGAGCGGACCCACAACGAGCGCCGUUAUGAGUGGAUGGACUGCGCAACCUGCACCGAUCUCUUCCAGUUUCUCCGCCGACCAGACUUCAUCGUCGUCCUCGAACUCGCUGGCGGAUCUGAUCUCGGGCCAGACCAUCGCCAGCUCCAGCGCCCUGUGGCAGCAGCAGCAACAACAACAACAGCAGCAGCAACAGCAGCAGCAGCAGAACAACACAAGCUCGACAGCUCUGCCUGCGCAAACCGCAGCUGCUCGCAUCAAGGCCGGCGUCAUGGCAGCUCCCGAGACUGCAUUCGCCGGAUCAUCAUCGGGUUUUCUCAAUUCGACAUCGCAGGGCGACGGUUCGUCGCAGCAGAACAUGCUUGGGUUUGAAGGUCAAGCCCAGACGCAGAACUUUGAUCCCGCUUUCUGGCAGACGCUGAUCGACAAGAUCAUCACUUGA